AUGUUCCUCACUGAAACGAGCACGCGACACUCGCUACUAGCCAAAACGAAGCAUUUCCGAGAAAAGGGCCCGGCAAUGAUGCAGUCAAAUGCGAGCAAGCUAAUCAGCGAGACAAAUGACCAACCGGUGGAUGUUGACGCAGCAGACUUUGCCCCAAUACGUAUCGAGGAGGAGAGCGGCGAGGAGGAAAACUUUGACUUGUCGGCCAUCCCGACUGCUGACACGCAAAACCGGACAAAGCGAGACCGAGAUGUCAUCGCAGAUGGUUCUGGAGUCGGCGACAGCAAUGCAGAUGGGGCCGCCAUAGAGUUGGAUUCGGAUGGCGAGGAGGAGCCACCAUCCAAGCGAAUUCGUGAGGCUCUUGGGCCGGACUCCGACGAUGAUACCGAGGAGGACAAGAAGAAAAUGGCCAUGGACGUUUCAUAUGAAGGCUUCGCAAUCUACGGGCGCGUGCUCUGCCUCGUGGUCAAGAGGCGGGACGGGGGCGCCAAGACGAACCAGUCGACGUCGACCGGCAGCAGCGCGACCUCUGGACAGGCCAAGAUGGAGAACUGGAUUACAUCUACGCAAAUGCCCGCUGAGGAUGCUUGA